UCGUAAAUCUCAUUCAAGUUGGUGAAGGCUAUCUGACAACAGCAAAGUUGUAGCCAGAUACAUUUUAGUUCUUAACUGGGGCAGGUGGACUUUUAAAUGUCUUGGGUUUGGACUGAUGUCUUCUCUCACCCAUUAUGGGCAGUAUCGACAGUGAUUUUGGGACUCCUCUUGCGGUCACAGCAGAGAGGGUCCUGGGACCCCCGAGCCUGUCUUGUGCAACUGAAGGGCAAGACCGCCAUAGUUACUGGAGCUAACACAGGGAUAGGGAAGUUCAUUGCCCUAGACUUUGCCCGGCGGGGGGCUCGUGUUAUCAUGGCGUGCCGGAACGAGGCGCGCGGUAGUGCCGCCCUGCAGGAGAUCCGGAAGAGGAGCGGGAACACCAACGUGCACCUGCGCCUGGUGGACACCUCGUCCCUGGCGUCGGUGAGGGCGUUUGUAGAGGGCGUCCUGCGAGAGGAGAAGGAGCUCCACAUCCUGGUCAACAAUGCUGGGGCUUCAGGCCUGCCUGGAGAUAUCACCUCAGAUGGGCUAGAGGUGUCCUUCGCUACCAAUCAUGUGGGUCCUUUCCUCCUCACCAACCUGCUUCUGGACCUGCUAAAACGAUCGGCGCCGGCGCGCAUCGUCAACGUGUCAUCCGUGAACCACUGGAGAGGCGUGGUCGACUUUUCGCACUUCAAGGGCGAGAACCUGGCCUACACCAUGGACAGCGUGUACAACCACACCAAGCUGCACAAUGUCAUCUGCACUAACGAGCUGGCACAAAGGCUACAAGGCACAGGGGUGACAGCCAACUCCCUCCACCCUGGGGUGGUGAUGACAGAAGUGAUGAGACACUAUAACUUCCUGGUUCGGUUCCUCUUCAACCUGAUUGGAAUCUUUUUCUUCAAGUCUUCUGAGGAAGGGGCAGUGAGCACUAUCUACUGUGCUGUCGCAGAGGAGACGGAGGGAAUAACAGGGAAGUACUUUGACAGCGACUGUUCCCUGGUUCUCCCCGCCCCCUUGGCCAGAGACCCCGCCCUCGCAGUCAAGGACUUUGAGUUCUGCGAGAGAUUGACAUCCAAGCUCUGAUUACUUAAAAGAGGGCGAGAGAGAGAGAGAGAGAGAGAGAGAGAGAGAGAGAGAGAGAGAGAGAGAGAGAGAGAGAGAGAGAGAGAGAGAGAGAGAGAGAGAGAGAGAGAGAGAGAGAGAGAGAGAGAGAGAGGCUUGUUUACAGAGUGGGGUCAAAUUCCUUUUGAACUCCAUUUACUCUUGUUAUUAUGAAGGAUUAAUAAAAAAAUGCAGGGUCCAAGAUGUCUAUAAAUGCUGUUUUUAUUUUAAGUGUAUUAUUCAAUCACAGACAACAUAAAAUACAGUCUAAGAUUUUGUAAUCUAUGAACUCACGUAUGAUACAUAUCAUAUCAUAUGUUAUUUUAAUAAAUGUUUGUUUAAGUGUU